UGUGCAUAAUCGUCUUCUAUAAAUGUUCACCGCACAAUUCAAUUCUGAUGCGUCUGACCGGCGCUGGAGUGGCGUGCGCAGGCUAUGUUGCUCCGCGGCCCGCGCUCCAAUCACGUACGCCACUCUGCGCCACUCCAGCGCCGGCGGCAGGUUCCGUAUAUUGUGUCGAGAGGAUUGCGCGCGCUUUCUGGUUUACGUUCGUAUUUGCUCGUGCACACUGUAUACUUGUGUUUCGUGUUACGAUCAGCGUGACACGACCCUACUCGGGUAAACAUGGAUUCCGAGGGCUGUUCGUUGACUUGCACCGUCGCCGUAGAAUGGUUAAACAUGCAGGGAUCCAUUCUGAGGAAAGCGACUCACCGAACGGCGUCGUUGCGCCUGAUUCGGGAUAAUCGGCGCGAGAUGCACUUGGAGGUGCGCACCGAGAAGGCGAGCUUGGUGACGAAGUUACACCUCCGAGGUAUAUCAGUAUUUAAUAAAUUCAUGACCGAGGGAAAGGCAUCGAUCAAGUUCAAGGAGCAAAACUGCACAUUGUUUCUGUCGAACGCGCCUUCCUCACAGCUGAUAAACUUCCUCAAGACCAUAUUCGUCAAGCUGACGGGCCAAGAAGUGAAGACCAUGAAGGAUCCCUUGCGGGAAAAGCUCCUUGCGAAUGUGCAGCCGAGCGGUGCAGUCGAGGAUAUUAGCCCGGCCACUAGUGCAGAAAUGAACAGAGCGAAGGAGAAAGCUAUGGCUGCGUCGCGAGCGACGGUCACCACCCCGUCACCGAGCACAGUCAGGAAGCGGAAACAUCUCGGCGAUGACGGCCCUAAAGUACCCGCGGCGAAAAAGCUGUAUGAGAAUCCGACUAUGGGAGAGCUGACUGAGGAGCAGACUCGAGUCCUGAACGCAGUGCUCAGUGGGAAGAACGUGUUCUUCACGGGUAGCGCGGGCACUGGGAAAUCGUUUCUGUUGAGAAAAAUAAUCUCGGACCUUCCACCGGACGUGACGAUGGCCACGGCGAGCACUGGAGUAGCGGCCUGUCACAUAGGUGGAAUUACGUUGCAUCAGUUCGCUGGAAUCGGUCUGGGUACUGGCACCAAGGAGAGAUGCAUUCAGUUGGCCUCCCGUCCAUCCGCAGCUUCGAUAUGGAGGAAGACGAAACACUUGGUGAUAGAUGAGGUUUCCAUGGUAGAUGGUGACUUUUUUGACAAGAUUGAGGCAGUGGCAAGGCACGUGCGCAGGACGGAGAGACCCUUUGGAGGGAUACAAUUGAUCUUAUGUGGGGACUUCUUUCAGCUGCCUCCUGUGUCCAAGACUAAUGACAAAGCAAAAUUUUGCUUUCAGAGCGAGGCUUGGCAAAAAUGUGUUCAUUUUAAUUUCGAAUUGCAGACAGUCCAUAGACAGAAGGACAAGGCGUUUGUAAAAAUAUUAAAUAAUAUUAGAAUAGGUAGAGUUACGGACGAUAUCGUAGACAUUUUGAAAGAAACGGCGAAACAGAAAAUUGAAAGUAAUGGAGUAUUAGCCACUAGAUUGUGUUCGCACGUGAAGGAGGCUGAUGAGAUCAACGAAUUUCAGUUGAACGAACUUAAGGGCGAGAGUAAGGUAUACACGGCGUUAGAUUCUGAUAGUUCUAUGACACAUAUAUUGGAUCAGCAGCUGCCUAUACCAGGCAAGUUAGAACUAAAACUCGGCGCGCAAGUUAUGCUGCUGAAAAAUAUAAGUGUCAAUAGCGGAUUAGUGAAUGGGGCUCGAGGCGUUGUUAUCGAUUUUAAAAAUGAUAUACCGGUAAUUCAGCUGCGAUCCGGAGCGCAUUAUGCGGCAAAGAUGGAGAAAUGGGCGAUCAAAACCAGUUCCGGUGCUGUCGUGCAUCGGAAACAGGUGCCUUUAAAAUUAGCAUGGGCCUUUUCGAUUCAUAAGAGUCAGGGCUUGACUUUAGAUUGCGUGGAAAUGUGCUUGUCAAGAGUGUUUGAUGCUGGUCAAUCUUACGUAGCGCUUUCACGAGCUCAGAGUUUACAAAGUUUACGCGUUUUAGAUUUUAAUAGCCAACAAGUAUGGGCUAAUACAGCCGUACUUGAAUUUUAUAAAAAGUUCAGGAGGAAUUUGCAAGAGAUGGAAAUGAUACCUUUGGGUGGCAAGAAAAUAAAGCUGGAAGGAAAUAAAAGAUAAUAUUUAUAUUUUUAUAGACAUAUAACUUGUUGAAAUUAAACAAUUUAUAUUUAACACAUGCAAUAAAAAUGAUUAACAAAUAA